AUGGCAUCUCCAUCUUAUACAGCUGUUGAAGUCGCCACUGCCCUGUCCAAAAUCACCCUUACCAACACACUCACAUCCCCUCUCCUCCGCCUCCCCGCCGAAUUGCGUAACAAGAUCUACACCUACGUAGGCCACUCAGAACAGAUCCACAUCGCCGCGACCAUUACCAACGCAAGCCCUGGCGAUCCAACCCGUGACCCUUCCGGAUUCACUAUGCAAUUCGACUUCCCAGGUCUCCUCUCCACCUGCCAACAAACCCGCUCCGAAGCUACCGCACUCAUAUACGCUCAAUCCACCGUCAACACGCUCUCCGGCGACGCUUGGUACUGGCUAUACUCACACUUUGCACACCGACUCUGCGCCCGUGUAACUUCAAUACAGAUCAGCGAGAUCUUCGCCAACCUCAUGGAGCGAGAGACUGAUCAGCGCAUGCUAGACUCGCAGGAUGUCAAGCCGGCUGGCCAAUAG